AUGGAUGAAGAUGAUAUGAGUGAUAAAAAUAAUUGCUUUCAAGUAACUUUAACAAGAUCACCAUUACAUGGUUUUGGUAUAUCAAUAAGUGGUGGAAAUGAUGAUAAUGAUAAUCAAUCAUUAAUUGUUUCAGAUGUUAUUAAAAAUGGACCUGCAGUUGGAAAACUUUUACCAAAUGAUCGUAUUGUAAAUGUCAAUGGUCAUCCUGUAGUACGUUAUAUGGAAUAUACAGCAUUGAAAUUAAUUCGUGAAUCAACAGAUUUUGUUCAUUUAAUUGUUCAACGACAUAAACAUCCGGUAAUCGUAUCGGAUAAUGAAUUGCCAAUCAAAUGUAUAUUGGAUAAAGCACGUAAAGAUGAAAAAACUAAUAUUAUACUUGAUUGUCGAUAUUAUAUUAAAAAAGUUUAUUAUAAAAAUAAUGAAAAAUCUACAAAGAUUCAAGAAGGUGAUGAAAUUAUUAAAAUUAAUGAAAUACCAGUUAAUCGUUUAACAUUACAAGAAGCACAAAAAUUAAUUGAUAAAACAAAAGAACAACUUAUUCUCUAUACUAUACCAAAUAAAUCUAAUAAUCAUCGAGAUUCAAUAUCUUCAUAUAAAGCAAUACAAUCAGAAUAUAAUCAACAUAAAUUUGAACGAUCAAUGAAUAAUCAUAUUGAUUUUAUUCGACCAAGUUCGGGAUCAAGAUAUGUAUCAUUCUUUACAGAAACUUCAAGUAUAGGUAUUCGAUUAGCUGGUGGGAAUAAAUAUGGAUUAUUUAUUUGUGAAAUUCAACCAAAUAGUGUCGCAUAUAAAUCAGGAUUAUUUAUUAGUGAUAAAAUAUUUAGUGUGAAUAAUAUCGAUUUUACUACAUUAACACGUGAAGAAGCUGUUUUAUAUUUAACGAAUCUUAAAACAUCACAAGUGAAUAUGAUUGUUUCAAAUUUACCACAUGAAUAUGAACAAUUAUUAACUGAUGUUGGUGGUGAUUCAUUUUAUAUUCGUGCACAUUUUACUUCGAAACCAUCAAAUGACGAAGAAUUAUCAAUUUGUAUCAAUGAUGUUUUUCAUGUAACAGAUACACUUUAUAAUGGUCAAGUUGGUUAUUGGGUUGCUACUAAAUUAAAUACAAUUUCAUCACAAACGAAGUUAAAUGGAACUAUACCGAAUAAAUCUCGAGCAGAAGAAUUAACAACUAAUGCACCAAGUCUUGAUGAAUUAAUGAAAUCGAAACGAUCAUCAUUUAAAAAAAAAUUACGAUCAAAAUUUACUGAUAAACGAACACGAUCAGUUUUAUCAUUAAAUCAUUUUAAAGAAGAUUCAAUAUUUAAUAAAACUACCUGUUGGAAACCAAUGAUCAAUUCAAAAUUUCCUACUUACGAACGAGUUAGACUUAAAACAAUCACAAUUAUUCGACCUGUAGUACUUUUGGGUUCGUUGGCUGAUAUUGCACGAGAUCGAUUAUUAAGUCAAUAUUCUGAUCAAUAUGAAUUACCUCAAACUCAUCUUCAAUCAUCUAGUAAAGGAUGUAUCAAUAUUAUUAAAUUACAAAGUAUCAAAGAUGUUAUUCAAAAAAAUCGUCAUUGUCUAUUAGACAUAAGUCCAUCAGCUAUUGAACAAUUAAAUUAUGCUGAAUGUUAUCCAAUAGUUAUUUUUAUUCGUGCUUGUGAUCGUCGUAUAGUUAAACAAAUUCGUACUGAAUAUGGUAAACUUUAUCAAAAAUCAUCUCGACGUUUAUUUGAAACAUCGGAAUAUCUUGAACAUUUUUAUUCCUAUUUAUUUACAUCAAUUAUAAAACUUGAUUCAUCUGUAGAUUGGUAUGAAACAUUAAUAAAACAAAUAAAUUUACAACAAGAACAACCUAUAUGGAUGAAUUAUGAUCAAUUAAAUGAAAAAGAUUUUUUAAAAUCUGAUGAAUAUUUUAUUGCAACAAAAUUAAAUAAUACGGAUGAAUUUUCAAUUUAUAAUAAAUCAAUAUUUGAUUUUGAUAUAAUAAAUAAAAAAGAAAAUAAUCAUUUACAAAGAGUUGCAUCUGAUCCUGCUAUGUUUCAAAAAGAUCAAAUUAAUAAAACAUAUUUAACUAAUAUUGAUCAUGAUGGUGAUGAUGAUGAAGAAUAUGAUAAUCAUUCAUUUAUGUCAUUACCAAAUCGAUGUCAUUCAGUUAUUGAAAUGCCUACAACAGAUAAUCAACAAUCACAAUUAUCAUAUCGUAAUAAUCAAUUUCUUUAUCAAAGAUCAUUACAACCGAUGAAAAUAAAUCAUAAUAAUAAAGAUUAUUUAUUUCGUAAUGAUAAAUAUAUUAAUAAUCAUCAAAAUGAAUCAAAGAUUUUUUCUACAAAUUCUCUUCAAAUAAAUGAAUCAUCUCCUAAUCCAAAUCUAAUACGACGACCAUUAAUAGCACCAAAACUUCGUACAAUAAAUUCUAUUGAACAACUAAGUUCAAGUGAUAGUAAUGGUUCAAUUCGAAAAAAACUUCUUGAUAAAUCAACAAUGACAUAUACUGAAAAAAAUCCAUCUAUUAAUCAUUAUGCUACAUGGAAUAAACCUCCCGUAUCUCGUCCAACAAUUUUACCAAAAAAUAUUGAAUCUCUUCGUCGUAUAUCAAUAGAAAAUAAUUAUCAUAAUAAAUCAAAUCCAUUAGUAAAUUCUAAUGAAAGAUUUUGUACGGAAUCAUUAUUAAAACAAAAAAUGUGUUCAAGUAAAAAACAUAAUCAUACAUCAAUUAAUCCUUCGUAUCCAACAGAUUAUACAAAAUCACAAAUCUAUCCAACAUUAUCAUUACAAAAACCACGUGUUUUUACUUAUGAUGAUCAAAAUUAUUCUAAACAACAAUCAAAUAUACAUUCAGCUUCAUCAGGUUCAUCAUCAUCAACAUUAAGUUUAAAAGAUAAAAAUCCUAAAGAAGUUGGUGAGACAAGUUCCUAUUCAAUUCAAGAUGGUUGUAAUGUUAUUGGUAGUGCACGAGGUAUUAUGGAUUAUUAUGGUGGUAAAUUAUCAUGUCCAUUAACGGGUGUAUCAUUAUUUGUACCAAUAGGUGCAAUACGUGAAGGUAUUCAACAAGAAAUUUAUUUUCAAGUUUGCCAAGAUAGUUCACAUAUUGAAAAAAUAAAUGGUCAAUUAUUAAGUCCAAUUGUAAUAUGUGGUCCACAGGGAGUUCAAUUUGAAAAGCCAAUUGAAUUAAUAUUACCACAUUCAGCUGGAAAUACUGAUCAACAAUUAUCUCUUACACUUCAUGGUACUCAUCAAAAUAUUAAAACAAAUUCGCAACAACAAAAUAAAUCAUUGAUAACAAAUGGAAUUCGUCAUGUAACGAAUUCGAAUGUUUCAAUUCUUGUAGAUCAUUUUUAG